CUUAUUUAUGUUUAUCUCGCGGCAGGAUAACUCAAAAAUUGUGAUAUGUGCAUUUCUAAUAAUUUCAUCGUACUCUAUUUUACGGGAUUAACCUUAUGGCAAUACGGUGUACUCUCGGAUGUACUUCUUACGACAAUUGGCAACAAAUGUAUUACAAAAACAUCAUCAGCAAUAAGUUUUAACGAAAAAAUCACAGACGACACACAUUCGCAUCUAGUGAAUAUAGUUUCAGAUAUUGUCCCGAAAACUGAUUUGAAGUCGGGAAUCAACUGCAAAUUAUACAAGGGUGAAAAAUGUACUUCGAAAUAUAUCCGCGGCGUAUGGACAUUGCAAAGUUCUCUAGAUGACAUCCAAGGAAAUCAAGUUAUAACAGAUAGAAGAUGGGAAGCAUUUCCUUUGUAUUUGACCAAACAUGUUGACGAGUAUGGCAAAAAGCUUCUUUAUCAAAAAAUUGUAAACAUAAAAAAUGGCUCCAAUUUUGACAUUUCAUUGUCAAUACGAAUUCAACACGAAGCGCAUAUCUUCUUGUGUGACGGCGAGCAAGUUUCGAAUUCGAACUGCUAUUGGGUCAUGUUGCACGCUUGGAAAGGCAAAAAGACGGCACUGAGAAAAUGUGGAAGAAAUUUUAUUCAAGAAUUUUACAAUGGUCAGCAGCCUUCAGAACCGUGCAGCAUUAUUAAAUUUCAGAAAACGCAUGAUUUGUACGAUCACUACCUGCACGAAGACAUUUGGAAUCAUUUCGUCUUAUCGAAAAAGAAUGAUCGAAUUUUAUUUACACAUCACCAAGGAAAAGUUAUCAUUGAUUACACUGAUAAAGAACCGAACCCUUUUCAAAUAUCUCAUAUGGUUGUUCAUAGCAAAAGCGUUAAUGGAUUGUGGAAAAUACACGACAAUUAUCAUCUUCAUUCGAAGAGUUGCUUCGAGAAUGAGCCAUUAGGAAAAAGUUUUAAAAUAAGGGGAUCACAAUCGAAUUGCAUCGCAAUGUUUAUUGUAAUGUGCAGCGAUUGUCAGCUAAAUUUAAAAAUAAAGACGACUGAUGGACAAAUUUUAUACGACACCACAUUUGAAACCAGUGACCAAAAAUGGAAAGAAAUAAAAAUGAUUUUUACUACCAAUAAAUCCACACAAGGUAAAAUUCAUGCAAGUACAAAUUCUAAGCACUCAACGUCAGAAGAUCGAUUUUGGUCAAUAGAUGAAUUUAGAGAAUGCAAAGAAAAAGAGUAUAGGAUAUUAAAAACGGAGAGCAACGACUGGAAAUGUCAAAUGGUCGGAAGCGAGUAUAGCCUGAAGUCGGAAAGCAAUCCCAAAAAAAUAAUAAUAUCUAAUUCAAGUAAUUUAGAUUGCCCCGAGUAUGUCUUCGGGCAAGAUUGCAUACCAUGUGGAUUGAUUAAUGACAACAACGAUGAAUAUUGCCAAUUAAAUGGCUACUGCGAGUUAUACAGCAAUGGCAACAGAAAAUGUUCAUGUACUGCUGGUUAUUAUGGUGAUGGAGUUGAAUGUUUAGCUUGCCCCAGGCAUACAUUUGGGCAAAAUUGCCAGAAAAGUUGCGGCCAUUGUGAAGAUGGAUGUAAAGGGUCAUCGGGAGAAUGCUUAUCAAGAAAAUGUUUAGAGAAUUACAUCGGCCCGAAGUGCGAUAUCGGGCUAUUUGAGUUUAGGCACAAUCCCGCUGUAUCCGAAAUAUACUACGAAAGCUGCCUAGUCACAGUACAAAAUUUCGAUGGCAACGGUGUUAGACCGUUCUAUUACAAAAUUGAGUAUAAACGGGUUGACGCGGCGAAUUGGUAUGCCGAAGCAGAGACGCAAUUUUUUCAUCCUCGUACGUGGCGAAUCAAAAAUCUCACUUCCGACACGGAAUACGAACUUAGAAUUAUCGCUUUUAAUACGCAAUUGGAUUUGGACGUGAUAGAGAAACACUACCAGAUCCGACCCAAACUCUCAGUAAAAUUCAAAACUGACUGCGAAGCGUUAACCAAUGACUUGAUCAAGAUAGCCGUAUCGAACACUACGGCCGAAAUAACAUUUAAUAGGAGGCCGGAAUCGUGUAACAUUUUAAAUUAUCAAUUAUCGAUGGACGGUCAAAUAUUUCCCUUAAACCAGUCCAAAUGUCUGCUAGAGUCGUUACGGCCAUUUGCCUACUACACUUUGAAUGCAAAAUAUGUUGAUAAUGGUACAACCGACGAUAGAAAGAAAUUUAAUAUAACGUUUAGAACACUCGAAGGAACUCCCGGCGCAGUAGAAGAUGUAAUUUAUAGCAAAAAUACUGUUAAAUGGAAAAAACCUCAACGAGAAAAUGGCGUGAUCCUUUAUUACAAUGUUGACGCUGAGCUUAAAAAACAUAAAGCCUGUUUGAUGGAAGAAAAGUCCUUAAAAACAGUACAUUAUGCGACUAAAAACACGAGCAUUGAUUUAGUUAAUGCAGAGCCGUAUUCAAUAUAUGAAAUUAAAAUAUCGGCAAAUACAAGUGUUGGAUAUGGAGCUGAAACCACAUCAGUGGUGGAAACACCUGAAAGAGAUAUAAUUGAAUUAGAUGAAAUCCCUGAAAUUGAAAUACAGCCAAAAUUGUCACAGGUAAUUUUAAUCCCAAUAGAACGAGACUGCAAAAAGGUGAAGGGGUCAAUAUUUAUCCAUCUCAAAGUGAAUUCUACAGAAAAAUGGUGCCUUAAAAACGAAGUAUCAUUGAAAAUCGAUCAAAAUUUCGCACAUACUAUAAAUGAUUUAGCUCCAUAUUGUAAUUAUUCUGUUCAAUUUUGGUUCUUUCGUGAAUCGGAGGUUGAUUCAACACUAUUAUAUAAAUCAAUUAACGUGUCAAGAUAUUUUAGAACACAAGCAUCAGCAUCGGAACCAAUUAGGAGUUUGAUGGCUACAUCAACAACAUCAAAUUCAGUGUGUUUAAGAUGGUUGCCGCCAUAUCCACCCACUGGCGAACUGUCAGGCUAUAAAGUCGCUUGGACAAAUUUCCGUGGUUUUGAAGAAAAAUCAAUAACGAUCAAACCCAGUCGAUGUACGAUUUGGCCUGAUUAUCACUGUUGGUGCAUAAUAAACUUAAAGAAACCGAAUGAACGAUACCAAGUCGAGGUUUACGCCCAGAACACUUCCCCAAAAGUGUUUUCGCCUAGGACAGUUAUUUCAUUCAUUACAAAGGAAUCAGAACCCGAUCCACCCUACGAUUUGAAAACAGAAUGGACAGACGAAAAUGAUUUAGUUAUUAAAUGGAAACACCCAAACGCCACUAACGGGAUCCUAGUGCAGUUUUCGGUUUUCGUUGAAGAAAUGGUCACCAAUUACAUGAUAAAAUCAGAAGAAGAAUAUCAACCUGUCUAUGAAAUGAUUCUGAGAAAUUUGACCUUACCCGGCAUAUACGAAAUAAAGAUAAGGGCAAUAAAUUCGCAAGGUUCUUCCAUACCUUUAACUGGAAAGUGCUUGAGCCCUCCGCCCAUGCCAGAGACCCCAAUUACUUCGUUGGCUAUUGUUGAAAAAUUCACAAUAAUGAUCAAUUUUUCCCGAAAAGCAAAUGAGAGUUUCGGAGAGAACUAUGAAACAUUCUUGUACAUUCUUAUCUCUCGUACACCUGAUGUAAAUUUGAGGGAACUAGAAGAGUUCAAGGUAGGUCUAACAGCCCAAAAAAUCAUAAAACUGAGAAACUAUAAACUGAUAUUCAAUAAUUCUGGGAGAUAUCCUACAGAAUUGUCAUUGCCAAUUAGCGAAAUCAACGAUAACAAUGCGAGCCUGAUUUAUGGAACGGAUUACAAAGUUGCCGUCUUUUUCGUAAACGAAUGUAAUGGCUACGUACGGAUCAAGAGAAAAAUAUUUACAGUAAACAUAGAAGCUACUCAAUCUGAUAGUGCCUUGUAUGCUUUAAUUCUCCCUUCUGUGGUUGCAACACUAUGCGUCUUCCUAGGCAUCAGAUGCAGAUCCCAAUUGUUAAAACGCUCUACUGCCAUAAUGAAUCAAUUUAGAGAAUCUGCUGCAAAUGGGGAAAAUCCACCAAGAGAAACGCAGGCUCUAGCGAUACCGAUAAUUAAAAGAAAAGUAGAUGUCGCAAAAGUAGUGCGAACAGACAUUCCGGGGGGACCGACGUUUGAACCAACAAAUUCCUUACGAGUUAAACUAUCCGAUUUCAAAGAUUACGUGAAGACCGCAAUCGAAUCCGGGGAAUUAGAAAAACAGCAUAAUCUAUUUCCUAGAGGGCAGACAAAGCCUUGGGAGUACGGAAUUCUUCCGGUUAACAAAUCCAAGAAUCGAUACAACAAUCUCAUCGCAUAUGACCACACUAGAGUGAUACUGGAGAAAAAUGGUGAUCAGUUUUCUGAUUAUAUAAACGCCAACUAUAUAGACGGAUAUCGCUUCCCGAAGGCUUAUAUUGCAACACAAGGUCCUAAAAAUGCAACAGUGGGCGACUUUUGGAGGAUGGUGUGGCAAGAAAAUGUUAAAUAUAUUAUAAUGUUAGCUAACAUAUUAGAGGGAGGAAAAAAAAAAACAGAAAAAUAUUGGCCAGAACUCAAUCAAGAAGACAAGUAUGGAGACAUUACGGUAAUGCUUUUGAGUUCUGAGAUCCACGCCAAUUAUGACUUAAGAAAACUAAAGAUUUAUUACGAAAACGAACAGAGGAAGAUCGACCAGUUACACUUCAAGGCUUGGCCAGACCAUGGCGUUCCGUUGUAUCCGCAGUGCUUGGUGCCAUUUCUUCAAAGGAUGCUUACAGUUCCAUAUACAUUUAAUUCUCCGCUUCUUGUACAUUGUAGCGCCGGAGUUGGGAGAACUGGAACGGUGAUAUUAUGCGAUAUUUGUUUACGUAUGGCGGCAUCAGAAGGAUUCAUAGAUAUUUUAGGCAAUUUAGCACACUUGCGUGAACAGAGGCCAAAUAUGGUCGACAAUAUAGAACAAUACAAGUUGGCACACCUACUCAUUCUUGAGUUCUUAUUCGGCUGGAAGACGAACAUUCCUUGCGAUUCGGGGUUUUCCAGCGCCAUUCAAAAAUUUCUGGAUACGGACUUUUUGCAGAAACAGCUGGAAUAUAUCAAGGACACGGAAUGGCAAAAUGAUGCGAUGAAAACUGUCGCGGAAACGCAUAUGAAUAUUCCCGUCCAAAAAAAUAAAAAUAGAUUUUCCCAUAUUAUUCCAGAAGGCCCUUGCAGAGUAUACCUUUCUCCAUACCCCCCGUCGGAUUUAACGUCGUCCUAUAUAAAUGCAGUACGAGUAGAUGGAUUUUGUCAACCGGGUCGAUUUAUAGUAACCCAACAGCCUAUGCCAAAUACAUUAGGGGAUUUUUGGAGACUGGUGGUUCAGAGAAAGUGCAAUAUCAUUAUUUCCUUACAUGAAAUUGACUCUAAUGAUAAUACUUCAAUACCAUUCUGGUCCAAUGAUGAUCUCAGGAUGACUCCAGUAGAUUUCAUUAGGAUCGAUUACGUAAAAAGUGAAGAUUUGCAGAUGUAUAGCGUGACGAAAUUCGAAAUGCUCAUUAAUAAACAUGAUAAAGAGGAAAAGCAGAGCAUCGAGUUAAUACAAUUUAAUGGUUGGAAAAACAACAACGUGGUACCCGGAAAAAUAGAAGACUUUGUUUUGUUCGUCGGGCAGAGUACAGCCAUCUCAAGAAAAUCCAAUCCAGUGAUAGUCACGUGCUACGAUGGUGCCAAGGGCAGUGGCUUGUACGUCGCAAUGUCGUUCCUCAUUGAAAAAAUUAAAUUAGAACAAGAAUUUGACGUUUGUCAAGCCAUACGAAGCAUCAGAAACAGCAGGAAACAGUUUGUGAAUUCAAAGGGAAGAAACUUGCUGAUCAUCCGGCUGAGACUAGGAGAAACUUGAACGUCCCAAAAAAUAUAGCACUUCCCUCAGCAAAGAUCAAGUCAUAAUUGUUUCAAGUUAAAUUACCAUGAUGCCCAUAAAAGUGGAUAAAUUCGAUUUCAUUAUGGAGUGAUACCUUAUCUCAGAACCUGUUAAAUAUACCAGAAAAAUGUAGAGACAAAAGUUGUUUGAAUAUAUAUUUUAUGUUAGGUAUGAUAUCAUUUAUCUAAGUUUAACCUUUUCUGACAUAUUUUAAAUGUUGUCUUCUAAAGUGUUGAACGUUAAAAAUGUAAAGGGCGAAAUGAGCAAAAGUCGGUUUUUCAGUUAUUUUGUCGAAUUUAAAAAAGGAUCACUUUGUAUGAGGUUUCCUAUUUGAAAAAAAUGUAGAUUCUGAAAUGUUAGCAACGAAACCUUUUUGGAUUUUAAAAAUGCUAUGAGAGCAAGAUUGCUUUGAGGUUGGAAAUAAAUGUUUGACAGUUUUAUGCCAUCAAAAUAACUAGUUAUAUUUUACAAAUUUACAAAAAAAAUAUCUCAUGUCUAUACAAAAUGCAGAAUGUACUAAAACCAAAUAAAUACAAUAAAUGCUAAUAUAAUAUUUUUUAUAAAAUUAAAAUUAUUCAAUUUUUCUAUUAUGAACUUUCAGAGAUUUAGCAACCAACAUGGCCGCUGACAGAUGGUCAACAAAUUUCUAUAUGUCCUUUUUACGGCUGUAUUUUCCUGAAAUAUGCCUAGAUCUCGAUAAAUGUUCUAGGAAAACAAGUUUGUGUUGUGUUUGGAACGAAAAUGUGAAGGUUAGUGAAAUGCGCGGAAAAUCAUUACCUUCUCUACGAAAAUCUCAAUGCCGCCUGCGGCGCAUCAGUUUUUACCAUAGUAUGGUCACUACAUUAUCUCAUACCUAUUUGGCUACAAGUGAUAGAAAGGCUCUGCCUAUGCCGAUGAUACACGAACCAUCCAGCAAC